UCUAUCUCAGCUUGUAAAGAGUUGAGGCAACCAAGGCCAGGAGAGCUUUAGACCCAAGGGCUCGGCAGAGAAACGGUCCCAACAAUUGACGUGGGUGGAGCGCCCGGCCAUCCUUCCUCCUGCCUGGAUCCGGCCAUAAAGUCGCCCCAUAUGGCCAGGGGCGGCCCCACACCCGGGUGCGAACUGCCGGGGGCCCCGGAGCCUCGCGUGCAGGCAUUUUGUCCUGAAGUUGCCAAGUCUCACGCAUCAUUGGACAGUGUCACGCUCUUGGUUUGAGAUGCUGAAGCCGCUUGUGGAGAAGCGGCGCCGGGACCGCAUCAACCGCAGCCUGGAAGAGCUGAGGCUGCUGCUGCUGGAGCGGACCCGAGACCAGAACCUCCGGAACCCGAAGCUGGAGAAAGCAGAGAUACUGGAGUUCGCCGUGGGCUACUUGAGGGAGCGAAGCCGGGUGGAGCCCCCGGGGGUUCCCCGGUCCCCAGCCCAGGACGCCGAGGCGCUCGCCAGCUGCUACUUGUCCGGCUUCCGCGAGUGCCUGCUUCGCCUGGCGGCCUUCGCGCACGACGCCAGCCCGGCCGCCCGCGCCCAGCUCUUCUCCGCGCUGCACGGUUACCUGCGCCCCAAGCCGCCCCGGCCGGAACCGGUAGACCCGAGGCCCCAGGCGCCGCGCCCACCGCUGGACCCCGCCGCCCCAGCGCCCGGCCCCGCGCUGCACCAGCGCCCCCCAGUGCACGAGGGCCCCCCUAGCCCGCGCUGCGCGUGGUCCCCGCCCCCCUGCUCCCCCCGAGCCGGGGAUCCCGGCGCACCGGCCCCCCUCACAGGACUGCUGCCGCCGCCGCCGCCGCCGCCUCACAGACAAGACGGGGCGCCCAAGGCCCCGCCGCCCCCGCCGCCCGCUUUCUGGAGACCUUGGCCCUGA